AUGAAUAAAAGCCGGGAAGAAUUCCUCUCUCCCUCUAUGUUUGAGACUCCUGCAGUCCUCCGAACCUUCACCCGUUCUACAACUCCUCCACCUUCACGAGCAAGGCUUCAGCCACCACCGUCACGAUCUUCAAUGUUCCAGCCACACACUCAAACGAAAUCCCCUCCACCUUCAUACGACGACCCAGAUAACUCUAUAAUUGUUUUUGGUUUCCCUUUGGAUUUAAAAGACCAAGUCAUAAGGAAAUUCAAAAUCAUUGGAGAUAUUGAAGAAAUCAGGCCUGGGAAAGGCAAUUGGAUGACUAUUCGGUUCAAAAACAGCGAAGACGCAAUAAAAGCACUUGUUCAUAAUGGACAAGUAGUGGUGGACAACACAAUGAUUGGGGUGAAGCCAGUCAGAAGCGAUAUAAUUACACAGCAAGACAGGAUACCGUAUCCUAACCCUUUAGAAGAAGUAAUUCACACGUCGCAGUUUAUUAAGAAAACACCUAGAAGAUAUGCCUCUUUUUGGGAAAAUUUCGUGAGAUAUGUACUUAAUUGGGAUUAUUAA